ACUUAAAAAUUAAAACACAGAUCCCGCUCAAACUCUACAAAUCAAAAUCACCUUCUUCUUCUCCUUCUCCCCCAAUUCUUCAAUUUUCACUCUAGGUUUUCUACGGUUUAUUGAGCCAGGGAGCUAUUUGGAGUUGGUUUUUUUACGCUUACAAAUUUUGUUGUUGCAAUUAUUUCAUGUCCGCCGCCUCGUCUCGCCGUAUCAAAGACCGCUCCGGCGGCACCGCCGGACCCAAAAUUGCCGCAACCAGUAAGGCCUUUAAACCAAUUACUCCGAUUCCCAUUUCCGACAGCAGGUUUUCUACUGGAAAGGAGAAUGGCUCUGUGCUCACUUCCAAGGCCCAGAAACCCACGAUCCGGCCUGUGACCCGAGUAGAUAAGGCCUUUGUGUCUGGCGGAGCAACUGGCGGUGAUGCUCGGACCCGGUGGUCCACGUCAUCGUCCGUGCCGAGAGGUCGGAGCCCAAGUCCAUCUGAGUUUUCGAGGAGGGUCUCGGAUGUGCGUAAGGAUCGGAGGGUAUCGGUGGAUAGAACCGAUCGGGCUUCUUCAAGCACUGGCAAGAGUUUUGAGGGUUCUAGGGUUUCUGAUUGCGGGAAGCAGAAGAAGGGAUUUGGUGAUUUGGGUUUCAAAGGUAGCGAAUUGGGUUCGAAUGGAAUUAGGGUUUUUAGGGAUAAUAAAGUAAGUGGCAAAGUUGAUAUGAUUUCAGAGAAAAUGAGUAAGGUUCGUGGGGUUUUGGUAGGAAAAGCGGUGGAAAGUGAGAAGUGUGGAAAUCAAGAUGGGAAGAAUUAUGGAGUUGAUGUUAAUAAGACUUUGGCAAGUUGUAAUAGACAAGAGAGUGCUAAGAAAGCUCGAGUAAAGGUGGAGGUAGACGACUUGACUGUAAAGCUUGCUAAAGGUGAGAAUUUUGGGAAGGAGAUGGAAGAGAAGUCUUUGAAUGUUGUGGAGGUUGUUAAGGAGAGAGAGGUAAGUGAAGUUGGCGUUGGUGGUCGGGAUUGUAAUAGUUAUCCGAGUAAGCUACACGAGAAGCUUGCUUUUUUAGAAGGGAAGGUAAAGAGAAUUGCUUCUGAUAUCAAGAGGACUAAGGAGAUGUUGGAUUUGAAUAAACCAGAUGAGUCAAAGGUGAUACUUUCAGAUAUUCAAGACAAGAUUUCGGGGAUUGAGAAAGCUAUGGGUCGUGUUGCUGGUGAUUCUGGUUCGAAGACAAGCACCUUGAAAGGAAAUGAGCUUGGUGAUCAGAAGGUUAAAACUAUUGAGAGUGGGCAGCUUGAUCAGGUAGAUAACAGUAAAAGUUCAGUGAAGGGUUUAAACAGUGAUGAAUUGGAAGCUAGACUGUUUCCACAUCAUAAGUUGCUCAGAAGUCGGACUAUAACAUUAAAGGCCUCUUCAGAGAAUUCUCAAAGUGUUGAAUCUCAUGUUGGAGAAUCUGCAUGUGAAUCGAAGGCAGUUGAUAAGGCAUUGAGUCCCAUAGAUGAUAACCCAAUAGCAAUAGAAUUCUUGGCUUCCUUGAAUAAGGGGCAAACAAAGGUCACAACGAGGAAAAGGAAUGCUGGUUUGGAAAGUUAUGAUGCAGAAGAAACUGAGGGUGUAGAGAUGGAAGCUGGGGGAUGUUCUUCGGACAUAAUGAUUCAAAAAGAAAAUGUUGAGGUUAUCCUGACAGCGGAUGAAGCACUUGAUGAAUUUGACGACCAGGAGAAUAGACAGAUGGUUGAUGAGGAAACCGAGGAAAAUAGCAUAUAUCAGAUGAAUGAAAUAGGCAGCAAAACAUCAACAGGAGGGUGGUUUGUGUCUGAAGGGGAGUCAGUUAUCCUUGCUCAUGAUGACGGUUCGUGUUCUUUUUAUGAUAUUGUCAACAAUGAGGAGAAGGCGGUGUACAAGCCUCCUGUUGGAGUUUCUCCUGGUAUAUGGAGAGACUGUUGGGUAAUCCGAGCUCCUAGUACAGAAGGCUGUUCAGGAAGGUAUGUCGUGGCUGCAUCUGCGGGGAAUGCUAUGGAUUCAGGUUUUUGCUCAUGGGAUUUCUACACCAAAGAAGUGCAUGCUUCUUAUUUUGAGAAAGGAGUAGCUCCUUCAAGAAGAGUGCUUGGUCCCUUACCGAACAAUAUUACACACACAAGAAAUUCCUUGUCUAAUUCUUUGGAUCCAGAAAUUCGACAAUGGUGGUAUAGACCUUGUGGAUAUCUCAUUGCUGCUACUUCUAGCUCUCAGAACGUGGUGAAACUAUAUGACAUUCGCGAUGGAGAAGAACUCAUGAAAUGGGAUGUAUCUAAACCUGUGUUAACAAUGGAUUAUUCAAGCCCCUUGCAGUGGAGAAAUAGAGGAAAAGUAGUCAUUGCUGAAGCAGAAACUAUCUCUCUUUGGGAUGUAAACUCCCUCAGCGCUCAAGCAUUGCUAUCUGUUCCUUUAUCUGGUCGAAAAAUCUCUGCAUUUCAUGUUAAUAAUACCGAUGCUGAACUUGGUGGAGGUGUUCGACAAAGGCUAAGUUCAUCAGAAGCUGAAGGAAAUGAUGGAGUAUUUUGCACCCAGGACUCUAUUAAUGUCUUGGACUUUCGUCACCCAACUGGUGUAGGUCUUAAGAUACCAAAGCUUGGUGUGAAUGUACAGUCAGUAUUCUCCCGUGGGGAUUCUGUCUUUCUCGGUUGCUCGAGUGUGAGGCCAGGUGUGAAAAGGCAGUUUUCUUCAGAAGUACAGCAAUUUUCACUACGCAAGCAGAAGCUAUUCAGCAGUUACGCAUUGCCUGAAUGCAAUGCUGAUAGCCAUUACACAUCAAUCACUCAAGUUUGGGGAAAUUCGAAUAACGUCAUGGCUGUUUGUGGAUUGGGGCUGUUUGUGUUUGAUGCGAGUACAGACAACGAACUCGAGCCGUUCGCCAGUGAUGAAGAUACGACUCAAGCAGUUAGAGAAAUCGUUGGCCCCGAUGAUAUGUAUUCGCCAUCUUUUGAUUAUUCGGCAUCUCGCACUCUUCUGAUAUCUAGAGAUCGCCCAGCAAUAUGGAAGCAUUUAUCAUAAUAAGACUGUUGCCUGCUUUCCAACUCGAAAGCAAAGCAUAGUUUAUUAGGUAAGAGGGUAUGGGCAUAACAAUAUGCUAUGCUGUUUUUUUAUUGCUUUUUUCUCUUUUUUUUUGGUUGAUUGCUUGUAUGGUUUCCUUGAUAAACUUUGUUAUUUAUAAAUUCAGUUGAAAGCAUGGAAGUUAAUCUGUCAUGCUGUUAAUCUUUAA